CAAUAUGAAUCGGAUGAUUCGCAAGAAAUUGAUAGUCUGGAUGAUGAAAAAGAAAAUAGUGAUCCUACAAUUCUUUAUAUACAAAACCCAAAAAUACACUGUGGUAGAGGUCGUCCCAAAGGUACCAAAUGCUUAAAAUCGGCACAUGAAGUAUCAAAACCUACGGCAAAUCAACGUCGAUGCAAGAAAUGUGGUGGUUUGGGCCAUUACCAGAAGAAUUGCAAG